AUGAUACAUUACUAAUUUUCUUUUAAACAAAAGAUUUUAAUAUGUAUACAAUGAUAAAGGUCCAAAAACAAAUGUAGGAAAGAUGAAGCAAUUUGUUGCACAUUUAGGCUCAUGGACUCAUUCUAGCACCCACCAUACAAGGAGGCCUUGGAAACACACCAACCAAUGGUCCAAUAGUCCAAUAGCCCAAUAGCCCAAUAGCCCAAUAGCUUUUGAAAUACUUUGGAACACUUCAAGUCUUUUUUAAAUACUUCUGCUCGAGAGGCUUCUUUCUCCACAAGAAAAUAAAACAGCCGUUGCUCUCUCUUCCACGGUCAAAAGGCACCAAUCUCCCGGCGCUUGUUUCAGUUCCUAUUUUCUUCUCCACUCUCUACUCUCUUCUUCAGGCAAUGCAACCGGCAGACGGAGAUUUUUUCCUAAAUGAAAUCUUAUGGUUCUUCUCUCUUCUUCAGGCAAUGCAAUCCAGACGACGGAGAUUGUUUUCCUAGAUGAAAUCUUACGUUUACAGGUUCUCCUCUCUUCUUCAGGCAAUGCAAUCCAGACGACGGAGAUUGUUUUCCUAGAUGAAAUCUUACGUUUACAGGUUCUCCUCUCUUCUUCAGGCAAUGCAAUCCAGACGACGGAGAUUGUUUUCCUAGAUGAAAUCUUACGUUUACAAGUUCUUCUCUCUUCUUCACGCAAUGCAAUCUGGCGGACGGAGAGUGUUUUCCUAGAUGAAAUCUUACGGUAGAAGAAUAAACUUGGUUAGCUGAGGAGUAAAAGGCAGGGUCUGGAAAAAGUGUAAGCUUCUUCUGCUGUAAGUGAAUUUAAAUUGAUGAAAUUCCAUGAAUAUACAUUUUCAGUGGUUUUGUUAGAAGUUUUAAUGACUUAAUAGCUUUGCUUCGUAGUCGUAGGAAAUUGUUUGUUUAUGAUAAACUACCUAGGAUUAUUUUAUACAUAUAUACAGAAUUGUUUUAAAUAUUGCUUCGUAGUCGAUAGAUAUAGUGUUUUUGUUUCAAAGAGUAGGUGAGUCAAAUAGGAGGACUGAUUGUAGAGACGGGUUUGAGAAAAGUUGAUGAGCAAGGAAUGAAAUUAUAACA